UGACUUCACACAAGCAGAUGUGCGUAGUGAAAAUCGCCAACUUCAGCCUCGUCUGAAGAGUGUUGUUUCUUUAGAGAGGAUGAAGGAGGCUUUGGAGAAGAAGGACCUGGACCUUGCCGCUGCUAAGAAGGAAGCGCGUGAGAAGACGAAGCUUGCGGACCAGAAGCUGGCUUCAGUCGGCAAAUUGGAGGAGGAGAACGCGAAGUUGAAGGCCACCAUCUCGGAAGCUAAUCAGGAAGUCGAGCAGUUGAGGAAGGACAAGGAGAACCUGACCACAGAAGUCGGCGGCCUCAGAGCCAAGACAGACAAGCUGGAGUCUUAUCUGGAACAACUUGCUGCGAAACUUGUUCUGAAGCUUGAAGAACUGUGUCAGGACUUUGAAGGUGAAACUGGGCAGGUCGGCACACGUCUCGACCCCAUCAAUUGUCCCGUGAAAUAUGAUGUUGCAAUGAAUCUGCUGCGAUUGGGGUCAUGCUUGGAUGGUGCAGUUGCUUAUCUGGCUCGACUGAAGGCGGCGAUGACCCAAGUGGACACUGAACUCUGCCUCAGGCAGAACUUUCUCAAGACCUUGAGUUACUGAUGACUCGACUUAAUCAGAUUCCAGGCUGAGUGCAAGAGUGGAAGAAAUCUUCUGCUCGCUGUGGUGCCGACGUCGCCUUAUCAUUGGUCCGAGUGCACUGCAAGGAGGCUAAGGAAGACAAGCUGGCUGCUCUCAAGGUAGAGAAUACUAAGAAGCACUCCUUCCAGACCUUCAUGGACACCUUCCUCGAGGCAGCCACUCGUA